AUGGCAGGCGCGCGUGGUCGGGUCUUCACUUACCUCUUGUGCCUAAUAGCAGGAGUGCGUGGUCGAGUCUUCACUUACCCCUCGUGCCGAACAGCAGGCGCGCGUGGUCGGGUCUUCACUUACCCCUCGUGCCGAACAGCAGGCGCGCGUGGUCGGGUCUUCACUUACCCCUCGUGCCGAACGGCAGGCGCGCAUGGUCGGGUCUUCACUUACCCCUCGUGCCGAACGGCAGGUGCGCGUGGACGAGUCUUCACUUACCCCUCGCGCCGAACGGCAGGCACGCACGGGUCGAGUUUUUCACUCACCCCUUGUGCCGAGCGGCAGGCACGCACGGGUCAAGUUUUCACUCACUUCUUCCUGCCGAUUCCCUUCCAAUCUUCAAACCAACCUCUUGGCUUGGGGACUUGGGGGACUACAUGA